AUGAAUUCGCUUCGAUAUCAGCUGCGUGGGAUAAGUUUAUUCAAAAUAGCCAGCGUUGCUACAAACUUAGGUGCAAACAUUACAAUUGACAAACGACUCUUUCCAUCCAAAGCCAGAUGCAGAUUUAUUCAAUAUUUGCCGAAUAAAUCCGACAAAUUUGGUAUUAACUGCGUAACAUGGGAUUUCUAUCGUAAGAAAGUAAUAAAUCAAUAAAUAUUCUAUUAUUUUUUUUUUUUUAAAGGCCAGUCUUGUUUUGGUAGAAAUAGCUUCGUCUUAA